AUGAUUCUUAAUCAUGAAAAAAGUUAGAUGAUAAUUUUAUACUAAUUGUCAUAUUAGUUGUCAUCAACUUUAGUAGUCUAAGUAAUAUCUAAUAUAAUUACUCACUUUAUUCAAUUAGAAAGAUCUUCUUUUGAAAAAUACGAAUAAAAUGGAGAAAUUUAAACUAUUUAGAUGAUUAAUCCUAGACGUCAUUCAAGAAUAUAGAUUUGAA